UAAACAGAGCAACCUUCGACCUCGCUGUCUCUUCCUCACCAUAAACAGAGCAAUCUUUUCUUGCUUUCGGCACUUCGUCUCUCUCCCCAAAUCAUGGUGAGGCCGCAGCAGCGCUACCGCGGCGUCCGUCAGCGCCACUGGGGAUCCUGGGUAUCCGAAAUCCGCCACCCCCUGCUGAAGACGAGGAUUUGGCUCGGCACUUUCGAGACGGCGGAGGACGCGGCGCACGCCUACGACGAGGCCGCUCGGCUCAUGUGCGGGGCACGCGCGCGGACCAACUUCCCCGCCGGUUCGCCCCCGAAGACCAACUACUUGUCCGCCGCGCUCACCGCGAAGCUCCACCGCUGCAACUUGGCGUCGCUCCAAGCCGCUGCUCAGCUUAAGGGCGGCGGUCAAGGUCGGACGCCGUCGAACGGCCGCGAUAUGCCCGAGUUCGCCGACGGCCAGACGAAGCAGGAGGAGUGUGAUGGCCAUGAGGUUGAGUUCGACUGCUUGGAGGAGCACCAAAUAGAGCAGAUGAUACAGGAGCUGCUCGAUUCUGAUCUCUGCAUCGAGAUCUGCUGCACUUCUCUGUGAUCGUCUCAACGUUAUUUAUUUAAUUUUCUCCGAAUUUAGAUGAUUUCAAAUCUAUGCAUCAUCAGAGUAGUAGUUGCUGUA